AUGUAUGUGAAAUGGUUUGAUAUAGUAAUGUUUUACUAUGUUAUUUUAGUGAAUUUAGUGAAUGUCACUUUUUGUCAUUUUUAAAUUUCCCGCCGUUCCGUCCCCAUACGUCCCGACGUUGCAGGGGACGGAACCCAGAAGACAGAUGCCGACAUCCGCCGGAGGACAUUGCCGGGGACACUGCAGGAGAGACAUCACGGGGAGCGCAGGACAAGGUAAGAGAAGAACAGAUCCCGGUGCAACGCUGCAAGGUAUUCCAGAGAGUAGCUCGGGGUUACCGAUUGUGCUACACUCGGGAAUACCGCCAGGGAGGCUACAG